AUGGAGCAUUACCGGAAAGCUGGCUCUGUGGAACUCCCCGCACCUUGCCCGAUGCCCCAGCUGCCUCCUGAUACCCUGGAGAUGCGGGUCCGAGCUGGCAGCAAGAUCCGCAACCUCUUGGGCCUGGCGCUGGAGCGGCUGGAGGGCGGCAGCGCUCGCCACGUCGUCUUCUCAGGCUCUGGCCGCGCUGCAGGCAAGGCUGUCAGCUGUGCUGAGAUUGUAAAACGGCGGGUACCAGGCUUGUACCAGCUUACCAAGCUGCGCUUCCUGCAAACCGAGGACAGCUGGGUGCCUGCCUCACCUGACACAGGCCUGGAUCCCCUCACGGUCCGCAGCCAUGUGCCUGCAGUGUGGGUGCUGCUGAGCCGAGACCCCCUGGACCCCAAUGAAUAUGGCUACCAGCCCCCCGGGGCACCCCCUGACCUCGGGCCCACACCUGCCUCCAGCUGUGGCCCUCAGCCUAGAAGAAGGGCUCGCGAUACCCGGUUCUGA